AUGAUCCGCGCGGGGGCGGCCGCCCUGAGGGCCUGGAGCAGGGGCCGGGGCUGGGCGGCGGUGAGAGCGGGUGGGGAACGACAGCGGGAGCGGGGCUGGGCCGAGGGGAACCGGGCGGGGAACCGGGCAGGGAACGGCACCGGGAACGGCACCGGGAACGGGAAGGGAAUGGAGGGAACCGGGCGAGGGGCGGGACCAGGCCCCUCUCGACGGCGCCCCCGGCCCCGCCCGCGGCCCCCGAGCCCCGCAGGGCCCCCAGCGCUGUCCCCCGCGCUGUCCCCGGUGCUGCGGCGCUGUCACCUCCCCGUGUCCCCCGCGCUGUCCCCGGUGCAGGCCUGGGUGGAGUCCCUGCGUCACCCCGAGGACACCCUGAGGGGCCUGGCUGAGCUGCACCCCGAUGUCUUCGCUGUCACCCCCAGGCUGGAUGUGCUGCACGCGGUGGCCACGUGGCAGAGGAAUUACAAGAGGAUUAGCCACGCCCGGGUGAGGACCCGAGCCGAGGUUCGGGGCGGGGGCCGCAAGCCCUGGGGCCAGAAGGGCUCGGGCCGGGCUCGCCACGGCUCCAUCCGCUCGCCGCUGUGGCGUGGGGGUGGCAUCGCCCACGGCCCGCGGGGCCCCACCAGCUACUUCUACAUGUUGCCCAUGAGGGUGAGGGUGCUGGGGCUGAAGGUGGCCCUGACCGUGAAGCUGAUGCAGGACGAGCUGCACGUGGUGGACACCCUGGAAAUGCCCAGCAGUGACCCCCGGUACCUGCAGGACCUGGCGCGGUUCCGGCACUGGGGCCGCUCCGUGCUCAUCGUGGAUGUAAACGAAUUCCCGGAGAACAUCAGCGCCGCGGUCGAGGGGCUCAAAUCCAUCACCCUCAUCCCAGCCCUGGGGCUCAACGUGUACAGCCUGCUGAAGCACCAGACCCUGGUGCUCACCCUGGACGCCGUCGCCUUCCUGGAGCAGCGGCUGCUGUGGCACGACCGGCGUUACUCGCCCCUCUACCCCUUCUCCAUGCCCUACAGGGACCUGCCCGAGCCCCCCCGGGCUGGGUGAGACCCCCCUGGGGUGGGGGAGACCCCCCAAGGGGUGGGGGAGACCCCCCUGGAUCGGGUGGGACCCCCCCAUGGGGCAGGAUCCAGCCUUGAUCAAUUUGGGGACACGGUGACACAACAAGAUUCUGUCUCUCUCCAUGUCCUAAAACAACUCCUGGAGCCCCCCAGAAUGGGAUUUGAACCCCCCCUGGGUUGGGUGAGACCCCCACGGGGUGGGGGAGACCCCCACAGGAUGGGGGAGACCCCCAUGUGGCAGAAUCCAACCUUGAUCCCACAUAGGGAAAAAAAUUUGGGACACGGUGACACAAUAAGGUUUUGUCUCUCUCCACGUCCUAAAGGGGCUUCUUGGAGCCCCCCAAAAUGGGAUUUGACCCCCUCCAAAAUGGGAUUUGACCCCCCCCAAAAUGAAAUUUGGCCACUCCCAGUUGGGAUCUGGUCCCCCCAAACUGGAUCCAGCCCCCCCAGUUUGGAUCCAGCCCCGAUCCCAUUAGGGAAAGGAUUUGGGGACGUGGUGGCACAUCCUGGAGCUCCCCCAAAAUGGGGUUGGACCCCUCCCUGAGUGGGAUCUGAUCCCCCCAAACUGGAUCCACCCCAUCCCAGUUGGGAUCCAGCCCUGAUCCCAUUGGGGAAUUCAGGGAAUUCUGGCACUGCUGUGGCAAUUAAAGGGAUUUUUUUCAUGGA